AGAGACUUGUGACGUGCCCCCUCUCAAGUCCAUGGCCAUGCGCCUGCACUUCCAGCCGCCUCACCCCAACUGCCUUUAUGCGGUGGAGCUCGAAGCCUUUGCCAUCUAUAAGGUCCUGCAGAACUACAGUAAUAUUGAGGAGGACUGUACCAUGUGCCCAUCCUGGUGCCUGACGGUGCGGGCGCAAGGCCACAGCUAUUUCUCUGGCUUUGAGCACCACAUCCCCCAGUAUUCCUUAGAUGUCCCCAAGCUAUUUCCGGCAGUGUCCUCCGGUGAGCCCACCUACCGCAGCCUGCUCCUGGUCAACAAAGACUGCAUGCUGCUGACCUUCAGCCUGGCCCCCCAGAGAGGCUCAGACGUCAUCCUUCGGCCCACCUCAGGCCUUGUGGCACCCGGGGCCCACCAGAUCUUCCUCAUCUGCACCUACCCCAAGGGCAGCUCCUGGAAGCAGCACACAGUUCUACCUGCAGUGCAAUGCUUCCCCCCAGUAUCUCAAGGAGGUGAGCAUGUACAGCCGGGAGGAGCCCCUGCAGUUGAAGCUGGACACCCACAAAAGCCUCUACUUCAAGCCCACCUGGGUGGGCUGCUCCUCCACCAGCCCCUUCACCUUCCGCAACCCCUCGCGUCUGCCCCUGCAGUUCGAGUGGAGGGUCUCUGAGCAGCACCGAAAGCUGCUGGCUGUCCAGCCCUCCAGGGGGCUAAUCCAGCCCAGUGAGAGACUUACGCUGACGUGGACCUUCAGCCCUUUGGAGGAGACCAAGUACCUGUUCCAAGUGGGGAUGUGGGUCUGGGAAGCUGGCCUGUCGCCAAAUGCCAACCCCGCUGCCACCACCCACUACAUGCUCCGGCUGGUGGGCGUGGGGCUCACCAGCAGCCUCUCUGCAAAGGAAAAGCAGCUGGACUUUGGGAAUGUGCUGGUGAACAGCAAGCAGUCCAGGUUCCUUGUCCUCCUGAAUGAUGGCAACUGCACCCUCUAUUACCGCCUCUACCUGGAGCAGGGCAGCCCUGAGGCCGUUGACAACCACCCACUCGCUCUGCAGCUGGACCAAACAGAGGGGAGCAUGCCACCCAGGUCCCAGGACACCAUCUGCCUGACUGCCUAUCCCAAGCACCAGUCCCAGUACUCCUGGACCAUCAGCUACUCUCUCCUUUCCCACAGAGAUAACAAGGCUGGGGAGAAGCAGGAGCUGUGUUGUGUCUCCCUGGUGGCCGUGUACCCCUUGCUUUCCAUCCUGGAUAUCAGCUCCAUGGGCAGUGCCGAGGGUAUCACCCGGAAGCACCUGUGGCGCCUCUUCUCUCUGGACCUACUUAACAGUUACUUGGAGCGUGACCCCACCCCCUGUGAGCUCACCUACAAGGUGCCCACCCGGCACAGCAUGAGCCAGAUCCCCCGCAUCCUCACCCCUUUAAGGCUUGACUUCAAUUUCGGGGCCGCACCGUUCAAGGCCCCACCUUCCGUGGUAUUCCUGGCCCUGAAGAACAAUGGAGUGGUGCCCCUGGACUGGGCCUUCCUCUUUCCAAGUGACCAGCGGAUUGACGUGGAGCUCUGGGCAGAGCAAGCAGAGUUGAAUUCCACUGAGCUCCACCAGAUGCGCGUGCAGGACAAUUGCAUCUUCUCCAUCAGCCCCAAGGCUGGGAGCCUAAGUCCCGGGCAGGAGCAGAUGGUGGAGUUAAAAUACAGCCACCUGUUCAUCGGUACUGAUCACCUCCCAGUGCUCUUUAAGGUGUCCCAUGGCCGGGAAAUCCUGCUAAAUUUCAUAGGUGUGACAGUGAAGCCGGAGCAGAAGUAUGUGCACUUCACCUCUACUACCCACCAGUUCAUCCCUGUUCCCAUUGGUGACACACUACCCCCACGGCAGAUUUAUGAGCUGUAUAAUGGUGGCUCAGUGCCUGUGACAUAUGAGGUCCAGACCGAUGUCCUGUCACAGGUUCAGGAAAAAAAUUUCGAUCAUCCCAUCUUCUGCUGCCUCAACCCCAAAGGGGAGAUCCAGCCAGGUACUACUGCACGGGUCUUGUGGAUCUUCUCACCUAUCGAGGCCAAGACCUACAUGGUGGACGUGCCCAUACACAUCCUGGGAUGGAACUCGGCCCUCAUCCACUUCCAGGGAGUGGGCUACGACCCCCAUAUGAUGGGGGACACAGCCCCGUUCCACAACAUCUCCUCGUGGGACAACAGUUCCAUACACUCUAGGCUGGUGGUGCCUGGACAGAAUGUCUUCCUGUCUCAGUCUCAUAUUUCCCUGGGAAACAUCCCUGUGCAGAGCAAGUGCAGCCGCCUGCUCUUCCUCAACAACAUCUCCAAGAAUGAGGAAAUUGCCUUCUCCUGGCAGCCAAGUCCUCUAGAUUUUGGGGAGGUGUCCGUGAGUCCCAUGAUAGGGGUAGUGGCUCCUGAAGAGAUGGUCCCAUUUGUGGUGACCUUGAGGGCCUCUGUGCAUGCCAGCUUCUACAGUGUAGACCUGGUUUGCAAGCUGUACCCACAGCAGCUCAUGAGGCAGUAUCACGAGGAGCUGCAGGAGUGGAAGGAUGAGAAGGUGCGGCAGGAAGUGGAGUUUACCAUCACUGACAGGAAAAUGAAGAAGAGAACUUGCUGCACAGCCUGUGAACCUGUGAGGAAGUACAAGACGCUGCCUCCCAUCAAGAACCAGCAGUCUGUCAGCCGGCCCGCCAGCUGGAAACUGCAGACCCCAAAGGAGGAGAUGUCCUGGCCCUGCCCCCAGCCACCCUCUCCAGGCAUGCUCUGCCUGGGCCUUACCGCCCGAGCCCAUGCCACCGACUACUUUCUGGCUAACUUCUCAGAGUUUCCCUGCCACUUUUUGCACCGGGAAAUGCCAAAGAGGAAGGCCCCCACGGAAGAGUCAGAGACUUCCAAGGAAAAAUCCCCUAACAAGUGGGGCCCUGUCUCCAAGCAGAAGAAGCAGCUCCUGGUUGACAUUCUCACCACCAUCAUCAGGGGCCUGCUGGAAGACAAGAACUUCCAUGAGGCUGUGGACCAAAGCCUGGUGGAGCAGGUGCCGUACUUCUGCCAGUUCUGGAAUGAGCUGUCAACUAAGUUCAAGGACCAGAAAAACACCCUGUACUUAAUGCCAGUCCUGCCUGUAUCCUCCAGCAGCUGGGAGGACGGGAAGGGCAAGCAGCCAAAGGAAGACAGACCAGAGCACGAUCCAGGGUUGGGGAAGAAAGAAGAGGGGGAGGAGGAGGAGAAGGGUGAAGAGGAAGAAGAGGAGUUGGAGGAGGAAGAGGAGGAAGAAGAGGAGACAGAAGAGGAGGAGUUGGGCAAGGAAGAGAUAGAGAAGGAGGAGGAGAGGGAUGAGAAGGGAGAGAAAGUGAGCUGGGCAGGGAUCAGGCCCACACCACAGCCUGAGUCCCAGGAGUCCAUUCAAUGGCAGUGGCAACAGCAGCUGAAAGUCAUGGUGAAGGAGGAGCAAGAACAGGACGAGAAGGAGGCCAUCAGAAGACUCCCGGCCUUCACGAACCUGCAGGAGGCGCUGCUGGAGAACAUGAUCCAGAACAUCCUGGUGGAAGCGAGCCGCGGGGAGGUGGUGCUCACCUCGCGGCCACGCGUCAUCGCCCUGCCACCGCUCUGUGUGCCCAGGAUUCUGACCCCGGACACGCUGCUGCCGACGCAGCAAGCAGAGGUACUCCACCCGGUGAUACCACUUCCUACCGACCUUCCGUAGAUGCCCGCGCCCAGCCUCUCUGACAUGCCGCCUUAGGUCAUGCCUGGCCCCCUCUCCGCCGCCCCGCCAGUAAAAGCAUCUAGUCUUU